CGCGAAUGCGCGACAAAGAUCAUUCAUACCUGGAUGGAUAUGGCAAUAGCAUGUCUGUGCCAUUGAAAGUCACUACUACUUACACACAUAUAUACAGUUUCAUGUUAGGACUGCUUCUGUCAUGCUGAGAGAGAAAAUAGGGCUUUAACUGGAUACCUUUAAAGCGUGGCAUUGGCGAUCCAAAAUGUCGAACGCGAACGAUGGAUACAACUGGCUUUCAAGUUGUCCACAAUCUGGUUAUAGACUUUACAAACAGGAAUAUGGAGUUGCCUUGCAGAGUGAAGUUCCUGCGGCGUACUUCACUGCGCAGUCAACAACACAAGAUCCUAUGAGCAUCGCUCCCACCCAUCACUCGUCCCCAUAUCCACCCAACCAAGGAUAUGUGAGACCGGCUACCCUCCAUACAAAUCCUGCUGUUCAGUACCAGACCACGGCUCCCGUGUCAGGGUACUACCAAGGUCCGCCUCAGCACUCGACUCCAUACUCACCGAUGCCCUCAAGUACUUCAGUGACCGCACAAGGACAUCGUCCUCAUCUACCUGUCACACAGCAGUCGACAUCGAUUCAUUCUAGAGCUUCAGUGACGUCGCAUACACCACAAGGGCUAGAUCAUGGACAUGACAUAAAGAGGCGCCUCAUUGAAGCUUCUACAACGCCGAGCAAGUACAGCAUACAAUCUACCAUCACUAACGCAAUGCCGAAGCCUGUUUCGCAAGGAAACCUUUCGUCAUACUCUUUUAGCCCUCAAGAUACAAGAGACAAGACCUUCCUCAAGAAUCGUGUAGAUAUCGUUAAACCCCUAAACAAGUCAGAGGCUGCUUUGAAACCCAGUUAUGACCCGGGGACGAUCGCCAGAGAUGUGUUAAUCGCAGCCGGGCGUCACCCAACGGAACCAGCAUUGAACCAUCACCUCACUCGCUUGCGUGAUGUCUUUCAUAAUGUCGAUAACUCGUCCGAUUUGGAAACAUUUCGCUGGGACUUGGUCGAUGCAGAGCGUGAGGAAAAGCCACGUGACCCGCCUCAGGCGCCGAUGCAGGUUUCCACUCCGCCAAAGGAACCGUCAUUACUCGGUGCGCCGCCAACCAUACAAACACAACGCCAAGCCCCGAACCAAGAACAACAUCCUACUCCAGCGCAGCCCCUCGAACAAUCAAAACUACAACAAACCCAAUCACCGAGUAUAAUCCAAGUUCAAUUGCCAGCGGCGACAAAACCCCAACCACUGAAUACCUUGGUACAGGUAACUGUACGAAGCCCUAGUGUUUCGUCGGAUAAGAUGGUUGAAAAGAGACCGCCUGGAAGACCGCCGGGACGCACACCGGGACGUCCUCCAGGACGCCCGCCCGGUAGCUCGAAGAUCCAGGCGGCUCCUCCCCCCAUGCCCCAGGUUCCUUAUCAGGUCUAUUCUUGCGAGUGGGACCAAUGUCGCGCCGAACUUCAUAAUCUCGAAAUGCUAGCAAAGCAUAUUUAUAAGGUCCACGUACCUUACACUCUCACAUGCGAAUGGAAGGGUUGCACUUGUAGUGACAACUUUCCUGCGGCCGCUCUCGUUAAGCAUAUUAGAGGUGCUCAUCUUGAACCCAUUGCCUGGAAAUUGGGUGAUGGACCAUCAGUGCCUGGAACUGUAGGAAGUACUGCCAGCAAAAGCCACGUUCCUUCGACGAUUCCAGAGUCCCCUCUAGCAGGCGGUGAAGAUUCGCUUAUCUUUCCAGCCAAUUACUCUUCCAUCCGAGCAUUUAAUCGCGUGCAUGGGAACAAUACGCAGCGUGACAAGGCCCAGGGGAUAUUCAAGGCUGUACAGAGGCUCAAAGAACAGAUUGGGGUUGGCUUGGAUCCCGGUGGAUGCCAGUUGGCUACCCCCGCCCGGAAUGAGAGAGUGAGCAAUGAGGAGGACGUUUACGAAGUAAAACUUGAGGGUUAGGGAAACAUGUGAUACCCCUUUGCAUCUAUUGAUUUCGCAUCCUAUCUUGCAUUGCACAGGGUUGGGUGUCGAUUCUAGGAAGUGCCGUUUGGUUGAUUGCGAUUCGAAUAUUCUGUGUACAUUAUACCUCCACCCUUUCCCAAGGCAGUUUACCCUCGGUAGGAAACCAUCCGCCUAGAAACUUGUACAAUAGUGAUGUAUUCUU